CUUUAGUCUUUAUUGAGAUCUGAAGUCUUCUCCUGACUGAUGGAUUAAAAGUACACACAUUUCCUUAGAGCUUGAGAGUUUAUAUCUAUUUUAUUAUCUAGAUCUAGAUACAUCUCUAAAUAUAAGCCAGUUUAUUUUAAAGUCUCACUAGAUCUUGUUUCUAGUAACUGCAAGUCCUUGUUGGUGUCUAACAAGUCUUGUAAUACUUGCGUUACUAUGGCAAUGAAUGAGGCAAAAGACAGGGUUCUGCAGCUGGAGAGUGCUAUUAAAAGACUGGACUCUGUUAAAAAACAUCUCAACAGAAAUGCCUCAGAUAUCAAAGCCAAAAUUCAUGCAAGUGUGAGUAGAAAUUUAGAAUGUCUGCGUGUUCGAGAAGUGAGUUUACUGAGUCAGGUUGAUAAUGUACUGAGUGUCAAAGAGGAGACCCUACAGCAGCAACAGGCAAGACUGAAUCAAGCCCUAGGUGUGCUGAAGACUGGGCUGUCAAUGGUACAAGAAGAUACAGCAUCAGAAAGACAGUUGGCAGAUACAUUGAAAAAAUUAAACAGAGUGGAACUUUCACCAGAGGAAACCCCCUACAUUUCCUUUAGAGCAGAUCAUGUUGAGCUGAGAGAUUCUAUUAUGAACUAUGGUAGAGUUGAUGCCAAUGGCCUGCCAUUAAUUACAGCAUUUGAUGACCCAGGAAACCCUUCAGCAAGUUUGCCCCGUCAUGUAGAGGAGUAUGAAGAUGUAGACCAUCAUGUCUUUUACAAAACUGUUGAGGAAAUCAAAAGGUCACAGUGUGCACCAGCCUCUUGUCAGAUUAAUGUAAAUAUACCCAAGCUGUCAACUCGUGUUGAGGAUUGGCUUCAGAAGAAGCUGCCCAAAGCUGAACCAGAGAGCAACAUGAAGUCCUUGCCUGCCACAAGGCCCAGCACUCUCAACAAAGCUGGAGAUGCCCCUACUGUAGGCCUGUCCUGCCACUCAACUCCUGGUAGCUCCUGCAGCCUCAACAACUGGCUGAGUAGCAUCAAGCAACACACAGACUUAGAGGAGGAGCAUGAUUUUGAGAUCAUAGACAACUCUUGCAAUCAAAAAGUUUUUGGUGAGAUAAACACCAGCAAGGUUCCUGCCAAAGUAACAAGUUCAGUGGAUGACAAUCUCAAAGUCUGGAUUCAUCCAAAGAGCCUGAUGAGCCCAAAAUUCACAAGCGAUGUCUUCAAACAUAUACCCACUGACAACAAGGUGUGGCUCCAGCAUUUCUGUAACCAAGUGACAAGCCUUGAGGACCUGAAGCACAGAGACAUGUUUGCCCACAUCAGUAAAGAUACCUCCACAUGGCUACGCUCCAGAGGACCCUGCAAACAACAAACUGCUGCCAGAGAUUUUUUCUCACACAUCCCCACAGACCAAAAGUUCUGGCUUAAGGACCAGAACCAUUCAAAUGGUUUGAAGAAAAGUGAAUUAACAGAGAAGAAAGUGGGAGUUCAGGAGGAUACAGCCAAGUGGCUGGCCCAGCCUUCUAGUGCUCUUAAGACUGGACCAGGUCAGGUUGAGGUGAAACCUGUUCACCUGCCAAAUCCUGCCAAAGUCUCAGCUGAGAGUCUACUAGACUCAUCCCCGGCCCCUAACCCAACAGAAUUAUUGCUACAAGAAUGGCUCUACAAACCUUCAUCAAAAUCUGUAACAAAAGCUGAGGAGGCUGUUGAAAAUUUUUUCAAGCAUAUACCCGAUGCCAGUAACUCAAUGUGGUUGACCAAGUCUACCCAGACCCCAUCUUGUCCACCAGAAGUUUCUGCAGACAAAGAUGAUUCCAACAAAUGGCUCCAGCUGAAAUCUCCGAAGCCGGCAGACGUGAAGUGUGUGACCUCUGACCUCUCUGACUGGCUGAUGGUGCCCAACCAGAUCCCGGAGAAACUGGAGGAGGAGAAAGAUGAAGGCUGGAGUGUCUGCUCUGAGCACACUGUCACCAGUGAUUGCUAUGCCAAAGAUGUGGCAGUUGCCGAUGAAUAUUUCAACAAGUGGCUUCUAUGAUAAUAAAAAAUCUGGGUAUCUAGUGUUGGUUAGAAAUCGGCCAUGUAACUUAAAAUACGUGAAAAUAGAAAAUGUUAGAUCAGUGGAAGUAUGGAAAUAAAAGCAGUUUUUUUUAACGUUAGAUUUGAAUAAGUUUUUUAACAGUACAGGCUUGGUAGUCAUUUUAUCAUGGUUUUCUAGUUCUUCACGUAUAACUUGAUGCAGGGAAUUUUUUAGCAGUAGGCAAUAGAAUGUUACUUUUUAAUUCACAUGGAAGCAUGCGUUUAAUUAAAACUUUUAUCAGGAUAAUUUUGCUUUUCUUUGCUUGAUCAACCAUAAAAAAAAAAUAUGGAAAAGUGUCAUAUUAGUCAUAAUAUAAUGUAUCAUCACAAUUAAAGAAGUGGCUUUUUCUCUUUCUUUAUGUUGUGAAAUAAUAUUCUAUUUAUUAACCUUUAUGUAUUUACUUGAUUUCUGUUGUACAUUUGUUUUUCAACACUUUAUUGCUCAUUGUAAUUGAGGUUUGUUUUUUUAAACUGCUGUAAAAUUUUGAGAAUUAAUCAAAUGGGGAAAAGUUGAUAAAAGUGUCCAUAAAUUUAUUGAUUGUGUUUUUUAUUUAGAUUGUCGCUGGGCUAAAAGCUGAAUGUUUACGGGCUAUACAUAAAUCUUCCCCUGAAAGUUGAAAAUUGUAGGUACAAGUUGAAAAAUUAAUUGUAUGGCCCAAAAAAAAGUAGACAAUCUUGUUUUAGCCAUUACUGUUGGAUAAGGUGGGUUUUUUUUUUUUUACAUUGAUGGUUGAACUACAUUGGCCAUAAAUUAACAGUUAGUUCAAGACAACUUGAAGUUUCAUCUAGUUAGAGAGAACUUGAUGGAUCAUACAUUAACAGCUAGAGAGAACUUGAUUUAUCAAAUGUUAACAGCUAUUUAGAACUUGAUUAAUCUUAUGUAAACAGAUAUUUUGAGAUUAGUAGCUUUAUGUAAAAUAAGAUAUGGGAGUAUUAUUUAAAAUACAAUACAUGCAAUACCGCUACAAAUCAAAAUUAUGCAGAAAAAAAACAAAAUUUUCCAUUUCCAGAUUGACCAACAAUUUUAAAAUGUUUCUUGUUUUACGAUUUGUUUGUUAAUUAAUCUUGUUGUUUGAUGAAUGUAAAAAACAAGUUUUAACUGGUGUAGAUAUGUCAAAGAAUUGUAAAGUUAUUACUACAGAGCUUUCCAUUACAUUUAGAUCUGUCAGGAGAUCCACUAAGUUGUUUCCAAUUUGACUAAUUCCGUUGUUUGGGUAAAGGAAUGUGCACUAAAAAGAUUUUAUUUUAAUCAAUUACUUUAUUUAUUUUAAAAUUUGAAUGUUUCUGUUUUGAAUUUAUUAUCUACAGAGUAAAGAUUUUUGUCAGUGUAACUGUACUUGUAAACAUUAUUUACAUGUCAUUUCUCACACUUUGUUUACAUGCUUCCUAAAGACACUGUCUUUAGGAAGCAUGGUGAGCUCUUUUUUAAUUAUUUCACCUCAAAUUAUUUUGUCAUAUAUUUACUGCCAAAUCAUAUUCAAAAAACAAUUUUGUUCACAUUUUAAUUGACUGCCAUAUUUUAAUACCCAAAUAAUAUUUUGUCACAUUGUAGCUGCUAAAGUUGAAAGAGAAGUCUAACAAUUUAAAUGCUAAUCUCUUACCCCAUUUAAAAUAACUACAGGGAGAUAAUCCAGAGUAUGAUGAUGUAAAAUCUCCAACUAUCAAAGGGAUGGACAUUUUUUUAUUAUCUUAUCUCUCAUUAUAAAUUUAAUUGAUACUGUUAAUCAAAUAGUAAAAGAAUUUUUUAUCAGUAUACACAUUGCCAUGUACAUAAGAAAAAAGCACUUUAAAAUAUUUUUUGUUAACUCCCCUUAUUCAUUUUAAUUGGCUGAAUCUAAUCAAUUUUUCAUUGUAGCCUUUUUACCUUCAUUUUAAAAAAAGAAUGCAUUUAAAAAUAAAAUUGCCUGUGAUCAGUAAAUUAUUUAAGAGAUGUAUGAAAGACACAUAAUUACUAAUAUUCCAUCUGCAUGUCGAAGACACUUGUAGACCAAUAUAAAGCAGAGGCUGUUAGUGUUUUAAAGUAAACUUAAAACUAAAAGCAUUUGUACGAGUUGCUGCCCCUUGUACUAUUGUCGUCGGCCCCGUCCCCCCAAAUGUUUAAUAAAG